AUGUUACUGAUAAUGUUGAACUACGCGUUUACAGCCAAAUCACUUGAGGAGUGUCAAGAUGAGAGUCAAGUGGCUGAAUCUACCAGAAGAAGGCAACUGCCUGAUUCAAUUCCAGAGGAAACUGAAAUUCAGGUUCAAGUGGAAGACUGCAGACAGAGACUCAUUCAACUGCAUGAGGAAGUCAAGCACAGUAAUGAACCAGGACCAUCAGUCAGAAUCAAGAAAGGAAUUCGCCUGAACAGAUUCAUUCAUGAUGGAGGAAACCAAACUUAUUUAAAAAUCAAUAAGGGUAGAAGAAGCAUAUUGGAAUCAACUGAUGAAGACCAGUCUAAAAGACAAGUGCAGUUUGCAGAUAGGAGCGAUCCGAAUCCAAACAUGUUUGUGGUGGAGAAAGUAGUGAGACUUGAAUCAAUUGAGGUGGAUAGCUGCCUGAAUAUAAGCACUGCCCGUUUAACGCAUCUUAAACUCGAGAAUCUCAAGUACAAGUGCAAGUCAAACAGAAAACACGAGUUUAUUUUUACCACAAAGCUGAUUUCCGGAAAUAACGAGAAAGUGGAGGUGACCUUGUCCUACCACCAGAAUGAAAUUCUUCAUAUAGCAACCAAAUCAGCCAUUCUACAAAGAAACAACACCAGGUUCAAAUUAACUGUAAUUGGUGAUUUCGCUGAUGGAAACACGUUGACAAUUGAAGUUGUUGACAAUAAGACCAUUAAGAGGGGCUCUGUAUUGACUUAUUCAUUUUCGGAUGAUAAAUUCCAUGCAGACACCAUUGUACAUGAUUUAAGAAGUUAA